GCUAAGACCCCUCCGCCUCCUGAAAGUACCUUGGGCACCUUCUUGGAGCGUUGUGAUGGCUUCAAUAAGGAGAUCAAUGUGUACGAUGAAUUAAUCCCCCCUGCAUUUAUCUUAUACACGCAGAUCUCGAUCUCGGAAGUUCAGAGAGGUCACCUCGUAUUCCUUAUUCAUUAUCGCAUAUCGUCGUGUAAUUAUUCAGGUCAAAAAUGAUCAGCGAGUCGCUAUCAGUGCUGUUGCCUUGAAUUAUGAUCUAUUAUUGCGCUUCCAGUUCAAGUUGAGGUCCGAUUCUUCCAUAAGACAGAAGCAUUUCUAUUCGUCAACUUAAUAACGAAAUCCAUUGAUGGAUUCAACAGUUCCAGUGAGUGGUUAGUGUUCAAGCUUUCAAGAACAACGAGCCGACUUUGCCGUCACUGAAUCAGCGAGGUACCCCGAAAAUACCGAUCCUUACUGGACGGAGAUUCUGGGUGGAGCUAUAAUACAUCUAAUUGCAAAAUGACAACAUUAAACGAGGACGUUAACUACAACCGGGUGGCACGACACAACACACCAACGAUUUUAACCGAAGAAGAUAUUAGGAUUGUUGUGUCACGAAAGUUAGGUAAUCAGCGUUUUCGGCUGCUAAGUUGGAACGUUUCAUCGUUCAACAAGGGAUAUGGGUUCCUGGGUGCUUAUUUCAAUGUAACUGCUAUGGUUUCGGUGGAAGACAAUGCAAAUGUCGAGGAACUCAGGUUCUUCGCUAAGACCCCUCCGCCUCCUGAAAGUACCUUGGGCACCUUCUUGGAGCGUUGUGAUGGCUUCAAUAAGGAGAUCAAUGUGUACGACGAAUUAAUCCCUCACAUGGGAGUGGGCUCGGGGGGGAAGUGGUAUGUGGAUUGUUAUUUUUGCAAGAAAGACCGAAUUAUUGUUAUGGAAGAUAUCACGGUCCUGGGAUAUGUCAUGCCGGAUAAAUACAAGCCCUUGGAUUUCCAACACACCGCACUUAUGCUCAAAGCAAUCGCCAGGUUGCAUUCAAGGUCUUUGAUUCUGGAUGAAAGACUACACUUAAAUGGCCAAAGCAUUUGGAACCUAUAUGGCGAAAAACUCGGAGAGGUGAUCUUCAGGAAAGACAAUUCCGCUUUACGGAUGCUGGACGCCACACUUAUGGGAAUUAAUCGUAUCAUAGAAGAAGUCGGAAGGAUAAAAGAAUUCAACUCACACGAAGUGGACGUUCUGAAGAAACGAGUCAAGACCUGGUCUUAUAAAAUGUCACACCUUCUCUCCCCUUCGGCAAAAUACAGGAAUGUAAUAUGUCAUAGAGACAUUUGGGCGAAUAACCUGAUGUUCAAGUACGGAGCUGAUGGAAAUCCUCAGGGUUGCUGUUUGAUCGACUUCCAGUUGUUUCGUUACUCCCCACCAGCUAUCGAUGUUGAAUUAUCACUUCAUGUCAACACCGAUAGGCGCACAAGGGAUGAAUACUAUGAUAAUUUUAUCCGAAUCUACUACACAGAGUUGACGGAGGCUUUGGCUGAGGAGGGUCUCGACGAAAAGCAUUGUCUUCCGUGGGAGAUAUUCAAGGAAACCCGACAGUUUGCGAAGAAUGUAGCCCUUGUUUUCACUCUUUUGUGUCUACCAAUAAUGCUUAUUGGUUCUGGGGAACUGAAGUCCUGCUUUGAUGGACCACCAGAAGUUUUGGAGGACUUCAUCUAUAGGAGUGGAAAAGCGAAUUUGAUGAGUUAUCAAUUUGCUACCAUCAAACCAUAUCAAGAGCGAAUGAUCGAGUGUGUCCUGGAAGUGUGGCAGCGUUUGCCAGAUGAACCGUUUCUGUUACCGAAUUUGCACCAACAAUGAUACUUAAACAUGAAGGAUUUUACAUAUUUCUCAAAAAGUCCGGCCAUUUAGUCGAUCCUGAAUAUGUUUAAAAUACUGCUUAAUAAACUAUAGAAAAAUUGAUUGAGUAAUUUCCGAGAUUAUCGCAAAUAGGCAGACAAUUCAGACGUUGUCUUUUAUACAUAUUAGGAUGUAAAUCAACGUUCUGAUGUUCAAGUACGGAGCUGUUAGGAACUCCAAGAAUGACCGUUUGGCUGAUUCCCGGUUCCGAUACUGUUCACCUACCACCGUUCUCGAGUUUCUGCUUAACAUUAACAUCGAUAGACGCAAAAGUGAUAAACGUUACUUAUUACCCAAGAUUGAGGGAGGUUUUAGCUGAAAAGGGUUUGAAUCCCCCUCUUGCCUCCUAAGACUUCCUGGAAGAUCAGCCGUCGAAACUCAACUGACUUCGAAAAAACAGAUUUCAACUUCUAGUGUCCCUCUCUCGCCCCCUGAGACUUCCUGUAAGAUCAGAAGCGGCGGACUCGGCCGGCGAGAGUCUUCACACGUUGUUCAUCCUUCUCAAAAAAAUCCUACGAUCCAGCAAUAAUGCUUAUUGACUCUGAAAACUUGAAGUCCUACUUUGGCGGACCACCAGAGGAUUUGGAGGACUAUCUACUGGACUGGAAAAGUGGAGUAGAUGAGUUACGAAUCUUCUCAGAGAUGAAUGGUCUGGUCCAAUUUUGGGUCCGGCAUACGUGGGCGUGUGUGCGUUUUAUCUGGCCGGAGAAUUGACCGUUCCCUUUAUUUAUGUCAGGGAAAACAGAUUUCGCUUUUUAGCGUCCCCCUCUUGCCCCCUGAGACUUCCUGCAAGAUCAGACGCGGCGGACUCGGCCGGCGAGAGUCUUCACACAUUGUUCAUCCUUCUCAAAAAAAUCCUACGAUCCAACAAUAAUGCUCAUUGACUCUGAAAACUUAAAGUCCUACUUUGGUGGGCCACCAGAGGAUUUGGAGGACUAUCUACUGGACUGGAAAAGUGGAGUAGAUGAGUUACGAAUCUUCUCAGAGAUGAAUGGUCUGGUCCAAUUUUGGGUCCGGCAUACGUGGGCGUGUGUGCGUUUUAUCUGGCCAGAGAAUUGACCGUUCCCUUUAUUUAUGCCGACUGCAAUCAAUGUCCGGAUACAAAGGCUCUUACAUGGGUGUCAGCUAUAGUUAGCAGUAGGACCGAAGGGGUUAAAAAUGUACAUGCAUAGAUUAGUUGGGAAUCAGAUUAUACCUGAUCAAUUUCCACAAUGUGUUCAUCAACAUGUUCCCAACUCAUCGGUAACCGCUUCUCUCCUCCGAAUGCACCCAAUGUCUAAAAUUUCGUGAUGUCUUCUUACCAAUAAUUCAUAACGAUCCUAUUAUCUUGGUUAUACAUACAAUUAAUUUUCUUACCGCGGCACUUAAAGGCAAUGCUGCUCACCUAAUUCAAUCAUUGGGUUUAUCGGAAGUAAACUAUUCAAUUGCAUGAAGACACUUAUGGAUCCCUACCGAAGAUUCAAAGGCUUUUCGUCCAUUUUGUAACGAUUUGAUAUUAUCCUGUGAGAUGAACUUUAGAAACGAGGACACAAAUAAAUAAGAAUAAACGAAAUAGUCUAAGAGGUCUCUAUAUUGAACAAAUAAAAUUAAACAAAUAAAUAAAUUAAUAAAAUUGAAUAAAUUAUAAAUGACAUAAAAGGAGACCGAGACAAAUACAGAAACGAACUUAGAAGAAUACAUGAGAAAAUAAUCGCACGGAAAAUAUAGCAACACAAGAAUAAAUAAAUAUAAGAAUAAAACGCUACGUCGGAAUGAAACGAUAUAUAAACAGAAUUUCAUUAUUAUAUAUAUUUAUUAUUAUAUAUAUAAAGAAUGACCACUACAAUUUUAAUACAUGCUCUCAUUUCGGGUUUGUGUCUCGCAUAUUUUGUUAAAUGUAAAGUGUUAGAAAAAGCUAAUACUGAAAUCAUUUAAAAAAGGGAUCAAAAAGGUGUCGAAGAUGUCGCAUUUGUGGUGGUUCUUUUGGAAUUUAUUUUUCAAACCACGUUUCAGAUUCUCCGCAGGAAUCCUCAGUAUUCUGCAUGUACCAGGAAGAUUUUCCUCUAUUGACUGCUUUGAAACUUUACCCCGAGCUCGAUGUCAACGGAAAAACAAAAGGUAGAUCGAAUAAGAGCAAUGGGGACACGAUUCCCCGACCGGCGAGACCGGAAAUGUAUUUCCUUGCAGUUGAAAACAGUUGGAAAACCGACGUCGUUGAGAGAAUCGUCACUUCGUGCUCGGAAUUUAAAUUCCCAGGACGAUCGUAUUGAUACGAACGGAAUGUUUCGGAAAGCUCAAUUUUGCAGAGCUAGAUCGAACGGAAGGAAACCGACCGUCAGCUUUUAAAGAAUUUUCUUUGGCUCCUUUAUCCUUUCGUCCUUAAGGAGCCAAGAAUUUUCUUUGGCUCCUUUAUCCUUUCGUCCUUAAGGAGCCAAAGAAUUUUCUUUGGCUCCUUUAUCCUUUCGUCCUUAAGGAGUCAAAGAAUUUUCUUUGGCUCCUUUAUCCUUUCGUUCUUAAGGAGCCAAAGAAUUUUCUUUGGCUAUUUUAUCCUUUCGUCCUUAAGGAGCCAAAGAAUUUUCUUUGGCUCCUUAAGGACGAAGAAAGAAUUUUCUUUGGCUCCUUAAGGACGAAGAAAGAAUUUUCUUUGGCUCCUUAAGGACGAAGAAAGAAUUUUCUCCCAAAGAAUCCCAAAAAAUCCUCCCAAAGAAUUUUCUUUGGCUCCUUAAGAUGUUAUGGAAGGUGUUGAGAAAUUUAAUCGAGGUCGACAACUUAAAAUUCAUCUAUACCCUUUUUGGUGGUAACGUUAAUAUGAAUACUCA